AUGGUCAAACUGCUGCCAGAGGAUAUUGCUUUUCCAGAUGGAUUUGCUUGGGGUACAGCUACAGCAGCAUAUCAAAUUGAAGAAGGCUGGAAUACAGAUGGAAGGGGCCUUAAUGUCUGGGACACAUUCACCCAUCAGGGAGGAGAUCGAGUUUUCAAGAACCAGACUGGUGAUGUAGCUUGUGGCAGCUACACUCUGUGGGAGGAAGAUUUGAAAUGUAUCAAACAGCUUGGAUUGACUCAUUAUCGCUUUUCUCUUUCCUGGUCACGUCUGUUACCUGAUGGGACGACAGGUUUCAUCAACCAGAAAGGAGUGAAUUAUUACAGCAAAAUAAUUAGUAACCUGGCAAAUGACAUCCUUUCACUGUAUUGCUUUGACUUACUUCAGUUUUUAGAAGAUGAAGGUGGAUGGAGAUCUGAAAAGAUCAUUGAGACCUUUGAUAAUUAUGCAAAAUAUUGCUGCAAAGCAUUUGAAGACUGAGUGAAGCUGUGGAUCAUUAAUGAGCCUUAUGUUGUUGCUAUACAUGGUUGUGGAAAAGCAAAUAAUGCUGCAACUGGGAGUUUGUGGCUGGCUGAAGUACCAUGGGGUUUACACUGACUUCUGUGUUAUAUCAAGGAUAUAUAUAAUAACCCUCUAAUUUACAUCACUGAGAAUGGGUUUUCCCAAAGUGACCCUGCUCCACUUGAUGACAGUCAACAAUGGGAGUAUUUCAUGCAGAAUUUACAGGAAAUUUUAUAA